CUGCUACGUAUUGCUCUGUCAGGAAUUUCAACAAUGGGGUCAUUUUUUCCUUUGAUGCUAGGUCAGGUAUAAAAGCAACUGGUGGACAUCGAAAAAAGUGUGCAGUCAUUUGGAGCUGAAGCAUUAGAAGUAAACUGUAACCAUGAUGGGCAAGAUCAUCUUCUACGAGGACAGGAACUUCCAGGGUCGUUCCUAUGAGACCAGCAGCGACUGCUCUGACAUGUCCUCCUACCUGAGCAGGUGUCACUCCUGCAGGGUGGAGAGCGGCUGCUUCAUGGUCUACGACCGUCCCAACUACAUGGGAAACCAGUACUUUGUCAGGAGGGGCGAGUACUCCGACUACCAGCGUAUGGGCAUGAGUGAUUGCAUCAAGUCUUGCCGGAUGAUCCCCAUGCACAGAGGCCAGUUCAGGAUGAGGAUCUACGAGAGGGAGAACUUCGGUGGUCAGAUGCACGAGCUGAUGGACGACUGCGACAACAUGAUGGACCGUUACCGCAUGAACGACUGCCAGUCCUGCAACGUGAUGGACGGCCACUGGCUGAUGUACGAGCAGCCCCAGUACAGAGGCAAGAUGAUGUACCUGAGGCCCGGAGAGUACAAGAGCUUCAGGGACAUGGGCAUGAGCGGCCAGAGGUUCAUGAGCAUGAAGCGCAUCAUGGACUCCUGUUAUUAGAGCACCACUUUAUGAAGGAUUUUAAAUAAAAAUCUAGUGAUUCUCUUUUAAA